AUGGAUGGCAGCCGGAGAGUCAGAGCAGCCUCUGUCCUUCCCAAAUAUGGUCCACCCUGCCUAUUUAAAGGACACUUGAGCACCAAAAGUAAUGCUUUUUGCACUGACUCCUCCUCUCUCAGACUAAGUACCCUCCAACUGGUCAAGAAUCACAUGGCUGUUCACUAUAAUAAAAUCCUUUCAGCCAAAGCUGCAGUAGACUGCUCAGUUCCACUAAGCAUGAGUGCCAGCAUCAAAUAUGUAGACCAACAACGAAGAGAGAAACUCAAAAAGGAAUUAGCACGGUGUGAAAGGGAAUUGAAAUUAACUAAAAGUGCAAUGCAAUCCCAUUCUAAAAGUAAUUCCAAGUCAUUACUUAACACUCUACAAAAGCCUCCAGGAGAACCACAAGAUGAAGAUGCUUUGUUAAUCGAAGAAGUGAACGGAUUUCCAUCCUUUAAAAGGUCACCAGUAACUUCUUCAGAGCGACUACACUUAAAUCCACCUAAAUCCAAUAAAGUCCUCACAAAUGGUACUGAGAAGAACUCCAGUUCUUUCCUGUCCAGCAUGGAUCACGCUGCCUCUGGGCCCAGGAAAUCAUACUCUGGAACCUCCUACGGCAGAAGGCCCCGGGGCACAUCCCUAAAUUCCCAGCGGUUUCAGUUAGUUAUUUCAAAAGCACCCAGUGGGGACCUUUUGGAUAAACAUUCUGAACUCUUUUCUAACAGACAUUUGCCAUUCACCCCACGCACUUUAAAAACAGAAGCAAAAUCUUUCCUGUCACAGUAUCGAUAUUAUACACCUGCCAAAAGAAAAAAGGAUUUUACAGAUCAGCAGAUAGAAGCUGAAACUCAGACUGAAUUAAGCAGCUUUCAAUCUGAUUUUGAGACAGUUGAGAUUAAGAACUUCACAGAUUCAGAAAUGAAGCAGGCAUCUAGCUGUAUGUCGUAUGGUACGAAAGGAAAAAUAACCCCUUUACCUUUACAAGGACAUGAAUUACCAUGGGAUAAGGUUAAAGACAGUGCUCUUCAGUGUUCCUCAUCAAGGGCAGUAUGUCAAUGUCCCCUGCAGCCUCCUUCAGGGAGAAAAAUCUAUUCUGAUGAAGAAGAACUGUUGUAUCUGAGUUUCAUUGAAGAUGUAACAGAUGAAAUUUUGAAACUUGGUUUAUUUUCAAACAGGUUUCUAGAACGACUGUUUGAGAGACAUAUAAAACAAAAUAAACAUCAUUUGGAGGAGGGAAAAAUGCGCCACCUGCUACAAAUCCUAAAGGUGGACUUAGGCUGCGUAUCCAAGGAAAACUCAGUAAUGCUAGAUGAUGUUGGUAUGUUGCAUUUACUUGAUUUUGAAAAGGCUGAGAAUUCAGAACAAAAUGAAUAUAAAAAUGAACAAGAUGUAGCCAUUCAACAGGAACGUCAAGAAUACCAAAAAGCUUUGACUAUGUUAUUGUCUGUUCCAAAGGAUGAGAACAAGAUAGUCUCUUCACCAAAUGAAUUUUUCCUGCCUGUCUGUAAAUCACAGUAUUCAGAAGGGGUUAUAAUUCAACAGGUAAAUGAUGAAACGAAUCUUGGAACUUCAGUUUGGGAUGAAAAAAAUGUAAGUAUGUCAGACAGUUUACUAGACCAAGAAACUUCUGUGAAUGUCAUUGAAGGAGACAGUGACAGUGAAAAAGUUGAGACUUCAAAUGAAUUGUGCUGUUUUAGCACAGCACUCUCCCCAUCUGUUCAGUUAUGCAGUGUCAAAGAUGGUAAUCAGGACAUGGAAGGACCAACUCUUAAAAUCAUGGAAAUGAGCAUUGAGGACUGA